AUGCUGGCUCCUCCCGCCCCCAUCCGUGCCCUCGCCUUCCACCGCCGUCUCCCGCUCCUCCGCCCCCACCAUCCCACCCUCCUUCCCCACUCGCCAGGCCCGCCUCCGCCUCCGCCCCCGCCCCCGCGGCCCUGCCCCGCCCCCGCGCGCUUUCUCAUGGCCUUCUCCACCGAGACAGCCGGCGAAGAGGCGGAGGAGGAGGCUCUCCCCGGGCCCGCCGGCGCUGGAGGCGGCGGCGAGGUGAGUUCGGAGGAGUGGCAGCGGUGGGGCACCUCCUCGCCCCUCCCGACCGUGGUGGCCUCCGUCGUCCGCCAGCUGCUCGAGAUGGAGUCCUCGGCCGGCGAGAAGAUGCGCUUUGGCGGCGUCGGCUCCAAGCUGAAGGGCGAUUUCAAGGACGUGGAGGACAGGAAGCACAGGGCUGUCUACCAGACGCUCGCCGACUCCGACCAGAAGCUGCAGUACUACUCCGCCCGGCAGAUUGGGUGCCGUCUGCUCGGGAGCAGGGGGUACUUGUGCCAGAAGUGCUGGCUACCAAUGGAGGAUUGUAUGUGCUCAAAACUUGCCCCUUGCAAUUUGUGGAGGGGAAUAAGAUUCUGGCUAUACAUGCAUCCAAAGGACUUCUUGCGACAAAACAACACUGGAAAGUUACUCUGGCAAGUAUUUGGCAUCCAAGCUGCGUCGUUGUGCCUCUUUGGCAUCCAAGAGCAUGAAGAUAUUAUGUGGGAUGCAUUCCAGCGUUCAGGAAAGGAGAAGGUCUCAUUUCUGUACCCAAACAAGAGUGCAACCCCCAAGUCUGUCAAUGAUCUUAAAUUUGAUGAUUUUGCCAUGAGUUCUGGCCUUCAGGAGGUGGGAGUGCAACUUGAACCUCUUAACUUGGUUUUGCUUGAUGGUACCUGGAGUAAUUCUGCUGCAUUAUACAGAAGGCUGAAGGAGAGAUGGACUGCAAUAUGGGGGGAGGAAGAUAUACCUUGUAUCUCACUGUCUAUGCUGAGCGCCUCUGUGAUGCAUAAACUGCGACCUCAGCCAGCAUGGGAUCGUACCUGCACCGCGGCAGCCGCAGCUGGUCUUCUCUCAGAACUGCACAUGCGGCCUGAGCUCAGUGCGUUUAAACUAGAAGAGCAAGCUGAGGCAGUAGAGUGCUCGCUGGAUAUCUUGCUAGACGCUCUCACCGCGAGACGGGUUCGCCUGGGCCGAUCAAUUACUCGAAAGCAGAGACAUAGAAGAGACUGCAUAUAG